UCUUUUCCUUCUCUUUUUUGUUUCCUUAUUAAGAAUCAUUUUACGGAGGUAACGAACUUUUGGGACUUUGGGUGAAACCCAUUCGAAGAAAGGAAUCUAAGUUUGGAUAGAUUGAUAAAUGAGCAAGCUUUCUGUACCUGAUCUCUUAGUUUUGUCCCUUGUCUCCUGCACAAAUUGUGUUUUCGUUCUCAAGGGAUGGCUAUAACAAAGUUCUGCUUUAAUUCUAGCUGUUUUCUUUUUUGCAUUUGUGGCGGGGGACAUACAAGCUUGAACACGCACUCCAUAUUUAGCAUGUGCUAGUCGGGAAGCUCUCACACGUUUUGUUCCUAAAACCCUGCAUUUUUCAGUUUGAUUUUUCUAAAUUCUCAGUUUUGUUCCCGACUUGAUUCCUGUCAUGCUUCAAAUAUCUUUGGUCUUGAUUAAGUUUAUGAUCUUUCGUUGAAAUAGUUUAUGUCAGUUCCUUUCCUUCGUGGUUUCCGGGGGUGAGUCAGUUGAGAAUUUGAGAUGUUCUUGACUGAUUCUUAGUUUUCCACAAAAUUUAUUUGGACUACUUGCUGGCUAUUAACUCCUGUCUGCUUUAUCAUUCAAAUGUGCGCAAACACUUCAACUAUUGCUUUUGCCUUUUUGGUGGGAAGAACAUUUUUCUUUCUACUGUCAUUAUAGCCAUCUUACUCUCCCUAGUUUUCCACUUAAAUGAUAGCUUUCACUCUAUCGUUUACUCAUGCACACUUGCCCUUGGGUGUCUGGGCUUAAAUGAGUACAUAGAGCAUUAAAAAUCAUACCAGGAAGACAUUUUGUUGAGCAUUUGUAAGUGACUGAUGAGUUUCUUGUCAGGAUACUCGAGCCAUACUUGGCAACCCGUCAUGACUGCAGAUACUACUAACCCAAGCUAUUGGCUAAAUUGGAGGUUCUUCCUCUGUGCACUAUGGAUUUUCAUCUCUAUGUCUCUGGCAGCUUUAUUAAUUUGGAGGCAUGAAGGAUUCAAUAAAUCAAGACUUGAGAGGAGAGAAAAUCAAAGAGAUGAAGCUGGGCUAUUAUAUGAGGAUGAAGCAUGGCAGACGUGUGUUAAAGGAAUUCAUCCUGCUUGGCUGCUUGCUUUUAGAAUAAUUGCUUUUCUUGUACUUUUGGCAUUGAUCAUCGCCAAUGUGGCUGCUGAUGGGGGAGGCAUAUUUUACUUCUACACUCAGUGGACAUUUACUUUGGUCACUAUAUACUUUGGGGUUGGAUCAUGUUUGUCCAUAUUUGGAUGCUUUAUUUACCCAAACAAAUUUGUUGACGACGCGGUCAAUCAUUCUUAUUUAGAUACAGAGCUAGGCAUAUAUGUGGCUCCUAGACUUGGGGGUGGUGAAGAUAUGUCUAACCUUCCAAAGAGUUCACAUUCCCAUCAAGAACCUUAUGCUCCAAGAACAGCUGGUUUAUGGGGUUAUAUUUUUCAGAUACUUUUUCAGACUUGUGCAGGUGCUGUCGUGCUCACUGACUUUGUGUUCUGGUUCAUCAUUUAUCCAUUUUUGACAUCCAAAGAUUACAGCCUGAACUUUUUGAUUGUUUGUUUGCACUCCAUUAACGCUCUUUUCCUCCUUGGGGACACAUCAUUGAAUCGCUUGAGAUUUCCGAUGUUUCGGUUUGCAUAUUUUGUCCUGUGGACAACAAUAUUUGUUGUUUUUCAGUGGAUCAUCCAUGCCUGUGUUUCAAUUUGGUGGCCUUAUCCUUUCCUUGACUUAUCAUCCUCAUAUGCACCUCUAUGGUACUUGGCUGUUGGGUUACUGCACAUUCCAUGCUAUGGCGCCUUUUAUCUAAUAAUAAGGUUGAAGCUCUCAUGGUUGUCAAGAGCAUUUCCUGAUUCCUGCCAGUUUGUACGGUAAUAACACAUUAUAUGAUUUUAAUUAAUUAAUAACAAGGCAAUAAUCCUAGCUGAGCCAUUUUAGAUGUUAGAUUUUGAUGAUACGAGAUAGCUGUUGUACCAACAAAAUAGUGCUUCCUAGAGAGGCAUUUGUGAAGGGGAAGAUUUGUAUGUAUGUAGGUGUGAUGUUUGAAUUCGUUUCUGAAACUAAGAUGUAUCUUUUUAAGAGCUCGUGAAUAGUUUCUUGUUCUUUUGUAUAUUUUGUGCAUCUUUCAAUAUACAUCUUUCGAAAUAAUGAAAUACUUUUAUGCGGG